AUGGAGAAUCCCGUUGAGGAUAUUGCCGGUAUCGUCCACACUCUGACACAAGGGACUCCGAAGAGACAGGAAGAUGCCAUCACCAAGUACUUUACCAAUGACGCCAAGUUCACCCACCCCUUUUGCGGGACAGGUUCCUUCAAUGGCUCAAGAGCGUCUAUCCUGGCCAUCUUCCGCUGGUACAAGAUCCUAAGUCCUCGAAUCGAAUUGAGUGUCAAUUCCAUUGCUUUCGAUGAGAAGAACCUUAUACUCUACGUUGGAAUCAGUCAAGUAUUUGCCGUUUGGUUCAUACCCUUCUACCGAGCGCCCGUUACACUCACGACGGUCUUGCAGCUCACGAAACCGACUGGAUCGACAGUAUAUCACAUCAAGUCUCAGAAUGACCUGUACCAAGUAGACCAAUUUGUGCGAUUCGUUGCUCCUUGGGGCAUCGGUCACGUUCUUGUUCUAUUCUGGCAUUUCUGGGCCACUUUCUUCUGCAUCAUUGGCGCUCGCAUCGGAAGGCCCUUGACCAUGUACAUGCAAAACCAUGCGGAAAGACAAGAAACCAGAUCCGGUGUGAAUGGUGUUGCACCUCACGAAACUCUUGAUACUCAAGAGCGGAAACGUUUGACAAAGCCGGGUUGA